AUGGACCCAAUCCUUCGUGAAGUAGUCAUUUGCAAAGACGUUUUGCAGGUCCUAGAGAAAAAUGGCCUGUCAAAAAUCAACGAAUUUGUUCUACUAGGGGUUAACAUCAAUGAAGAAAAUUUGUUCAAAACCUAUGUAAUUGGUUUUGUGGAUUCAUCUUUCAAUGUAGACGAUAACUGUCCUCACAAUUUGACCACCUGCGGCUUGGCAGGAAAUGCUGAUCUAAUUGAAAAUGUCCAGGAGUAUUUGAAUAAUGAUCAAUUUAAUGAAAAUUAUUCACUUUAUUUGAACAUAGUUGGUUCACAAGUAAAACUUUGGGGGUUAAAAAAGAUUGAUAAUGCCAUUCAAUCUGAAAAACUUGAGUUUCAAGUUCAAAUCAAAGAGGAAAUAAGCAAGAAUUUAUUAUAUUUUAGAACUUGUAUGAAAUUGGAAAUUGACAGAAAAAUUAAUGAUUUUGACUCAUUAUAUACUACAAGUUUAUUAGAAAAAAAGAUUGGUUUGAAACCACUUUUUUAUAUUAAAGAAAGUAAACAGUACUUGGGAAAAUCAGAAGAUAAAGAAACUAUUAAUGGAAUAAAAGUAAAAUCAAAUAAGUUGGAUUAUGAAGUUUUAAAUAUAUCUGUUUAUCAAAAUUUAUCAAAUGCACCAACUGAAAACACAGAUAUAUCUGAAUUCCCUAUAAUUCAUCAAACAAAUGAACCCUUUGAUGAAGAACUUAUUUGUUGUCAGCUAGACACUUUAUGUGUGGUUCCUAAGAGGGCCACAUAUGCACAGGCAUACAAUCUGAUUUAUGAUAGUAUAGUCAAGAAUGUUCAAUCAAUUCAAUCAUUUUUGGUUUCAAAUCCCAAGGAUCUCCCUGCUGUUCAUCAUUUCUUGCCUGAUACAUUGUGCCAUUUUCUAACAAUUGUCUGUUCUCACAAUCAAAUAGAUUCGUAUAGUAAUUUAAGAAAAAAAUUACACAAUGCUUUUCAUUUAUCCAUGGAUAGACCAUUGUUUCGUAUAUCAAAUGCUUAUCAAUUUGAUGCUAAGCCACCUGUAAAUGAUGAAGGACUUUUAACAAAUGUACAUGAAGGUCUAUCUCCUUCAGGAAUAAAAAAUGGAAGAAAAUCAUUAAUUCAGGGAACAUAUACAUUUUACCACUACGGUCAAGGUGGUUUUAACGAUCAUCAGUGGGGUUGUGCCUACAGAUCUUUACAAACAUUAUAUUCUUGGUUUAAGUGGCAAGGAUGGACCAAUAAACCUGUGCCUUCCAUUCGUGACAUACAGCAAAUUUUAGUUGAUUUGGGUGACAAAAAUAAACCAUUUGUUGGUUCUAGUGAAUGGAUUGGUUCAAUGGAAGUUUCUUUUGUAUUAAAUGCACAUUUAGAUGUGACAUGUCGAAUAAUGUCUUUGAGGCAAGGUGAUACGUUAAAUUCAGUGUGUCUUGAGCUGUCUGAACAUUUUGAUAGACACGGAACUCCUGUGAUGAUAGGCGGUGGAGUACUUGCUCACACUAUUUUAGGAGUAGACAUCAAUGAAGAACUGGGUGAAGUUAAGUUUUUGGUUUUGGAUCCUCACUAUACAGGCUCUGACAAUAUAAAAAGUAUUCACGGUAAAGGAGUUUGUUGGAAGGAAGCGUCAUUUUGGAAAAAAGAUACAUUUUAUAAUCUUUGUUUACCAUUGAGUUUUAAUGGCAUAUAA